CUCCAUCCUGCAAAACUAAAAGAACCACUCAAUAUAUACACACUUCAAAAAAAUGCCAACAUCUCAAACUUCUCCACAAAUUCCUCCUCAGUAUUUACGAGAGGAUGAACUUAGUGAAGAAUGUAAGCAAUUGCUCUUAACCUUACCAAAGGAAAGAGGAUGGCUUGCAUCACAUAUCUACAAUUACCAAGGUUUUUGGAUUGCACCAAGACAACUACAAGGUGUGAUUGCAUGUCAACAACAAUUUCAAGCUCAAGAUAGUGAUAUAAUCCUUGUUACAACCCCUAAAUCAGGAACCACUUGGUUAAAAUCACUUUUAUUUGCACUUGUGAAUCGAAUGAAAUAUCCUAUUUUUGAACAAAAUCAUCCUUUACUUGUCAAGAACCCUCAUGAUCUUGUUCCAUUCUUGGAACUUAAACUCUAUAUUGAUGGACAAGUCCCUAAUUUUUUAUCCUUCAACACACCAAGACUCUUGUCAACUCAUUUGCCUUUUGCUUCCUUACCAAAAUCUGUCCAAGAUUCAAGAAACAAACUUGUUUACUUAUGUAGGAAUCCUAGGGACACUUUUAUUUCUUUAUUUCAUUUCACAAAUAGUUUGAGAAUAGAAAACAUGGGGACCAAUUCUAUUGAAGAAAUGCUUGAUCUUUUCUGUAAGGGAGUGAGCAUUUAUGGUCCGUUUUGGAAUCACAUGUUAGAUUAUUGGAAAGGAAGCAUAGAAAAGCCUAAGAAAGUACUUUUCUUAAUGUAUGAAGAAAUUAAAGAACAACCAAAAAUUCAGCUUAAACGUUUAGCCGAAUUCUUGGAAUGUCCAUUUUCUAUAGAGGAAGAAAAUUGUGGAGUAGUUGAUGAAAUAUUAAGAAUGUGUAGCUUUGAGAAUUUGAGCCAUUUGGAGGUGAAUAUAAAUGGGAAAUUGUCAUCUGGAGAGGAAAAUAAAGCGUUCUUUCGUAAAGGUGAAGUUGAAGAUUGGAAGAAUUACUUCAAUAUAGAGAUGAGUGAGAAACUCGAUCAUAUCAUUGAACAAAAAUUCCAAGGUUCUGGAUUAAGGUUUUAGUAAAUUUGAUUCAGCAUUAUAUUUUGCCAAGUAUUGCAUACAAUAAUUUCUUGUCCUGUCACUUUGUUUAAAACUGAGAAGUUUUUUCACAUUAUUAUUGUAAAAUUGUGAUUGCUUGUUGUUUGAUAAAUAAAAGAAUGCAUAAGUUAUUUGGGUGUUUA